AUGCCGUCGUUCCUCUCUCCCCCCAUGCGGGCGUGGGCGCCCUGUCCUGGAGUUCUUGCUGCCGGCCCCAUAUUCCUCUUUCCUCCUCCCCUGGCCCUUGAAGGGCGUGUGUCUGUUCUUCGUCGCUCGGCCGGUCAAGUCGAGGAGCCUGGACCACCGCUGUCCUAUCCUAAUGAGCUCCCUGCUCCGACUGCCUGCCUGCCUGUGGGCGAGGAGGCCGUGUUCGCCAGCGAGCCUGGCAGUUCUGGGUUACCUGGUCCCCUUGCCCGGUGGUGGGGGGUUGGGGAGUGGAUUGCCGCCGUUGACGCCUGA